AUGCCGGGGAAUCUGGCGACCCAAGAGACUACAGAAACCGUCGCCGCGGUGGAUCCUCUCGUAUGUGAAGCUGGACGGAUAAACCUGAACGACCAUCAGUCUUCAUACGUCGAGAGUGACCACUGGAAAGCCAUCCUGGAUGAGAUUAGUGACCUGAAAGACAUGGUACAGGAACAAGUUGAAGAACCACAACAUACUGAGCCAACACUCCCUGGAAAUGACCUAUUUCUUCUCCAAACAUACCCAGUUACAAAAAUGGAUAUCGUCGCUGCAAUUCCGCCCCGCAUAAUUGUCGAUAGCAUGAUCUCGAAAUACUUCAAAUGGGCGGACAUGCCCGUCUCACUUGUCAUUCACCGCAAGGUCUUUAUCAAACAAUACGAAGCGUUUUGGGAAGAUCCGCUUUCGACGUCAACCAUGUGGCUGACUAUAUUAUACGGCAUGAUGUAUACAGUAGCCUAUUGUACGCUAUUCAUGAACGGCGGUGCGGCCUCAUUGGACGAGACGACAGCAGCCGAAUAUCACAGCCUGAUCAUCAUCUCACGAGAGAAGAUGAUACAAUGUCUUAGGCUAGCGCUCAAGAUGGGCUACCACCGCGAUGGCUCGCAUUUCCCGCAGAUGAGUGUCUAUGAGGCCGAAAUGCGCAGGCGUACCUGGUACAUCCUCACGCAAUUUGACAUCGCUUCAGCUUCUGAGGUCGGUCUUCCGCGAAUCAUAAAGGAAACUCAAUGCGACACCGCUGAGCCGCGCAAUCUCCUGGAUGAUGACUUUGACGAUACGUCCACCGUCUUACCGCCUGCUAGACCACAAAGCGAGCACACGCUGUCCCAAUUCCUAGUAUACAAGAGCAGGAUAGUCUCCGUCUACGGAAUGAUCUGCGACUUCACGACGUCAUCGAAGCAGCGAGACUACGACGAAGCAAUGCGCUUAGAUACGCUACUUAACACAGCGUACGCCCAGAAGCCUCCCAUACUCCAGUUGAAACCUAUGCAGCAAUCUAUCUUAGACGGCGCAGAGCUCAUCACCCGUCGUCUCUAUAUAGCGAUGUCGUAUCACCACGCGCAGAUUACCCUCCAUCGCAAGUUCAUCAUUCUUUCAAAGACAAACAGCAAAUACCAGGUCUCUCAUUCGACAUGCAUAAGCGCAGCGUUGACAAUGUUGCGGCUGCAAGCAGAAUUAUUCGAACAGUGCCAGCCAGGCCGUAUGCUAAAUACCGAUCGAUGGAAGAUCCUUUCCUUGAUCCAAUCCGAGUUCCUGCUGGCCACAACAGUCCUGUGUCUCAAUUUGAAUGAUGAUAUGAAGAAAGGGCUGGUCGGGAAGGAAGUGGCGCAGAAAAGCGUGGAAGCACUCAAGAGUUCGAGAAGUGUGUGGGAACAGCAACAGGGCUUCUCGAAAGAAGCGCAAACGGCCGUGAGAGCGGUGAAUGCUGUUCUGGGUAAAUUGGGGAGGGACCCGAAAACAGACACCGAUGAAGGUAAUCUGGCAGGUGGAGAACAUGGAGAGUCUUUCUCUUCAUUCUCGGGAGACAUCACUUCUGGCCCUAAUCCGCUGGCAUUUGAGGAUGCCUCGCAAACGCAGCUUUCUCACAACAUACCGGAUGAACUUUUUGGCACAGCUUUUGACGAAUUCUUGGUGAUGGAUCAAGAAUUAGACGGAUGGCUUCAGGUUUGA